AUGGCCUCCAAGCUCUCUAUCUCGUCUACCAUCAAGCUCAACUCGGGCUAUAGCAUCCCCGUACUGGGCUUCGGCUGGACCAGGCCCAAGGAGGAGGCGACUAAGGCGUGCUCUCACGCGCUCUCGGUUGGCUACCGCCACAUUGACUCGGCCUCUGCCUACUCCAACCAGGGCGAGUCAGCGGCCGCCAUUCCGGGCUCGGGUGUCCCGCGCGAGUCCAUCUUCUUCACCACAAAGGUCCCUUCGUUUGACGAGGACCAGGGCUACGAGAGCACCAAGAACCUGGUGGACAAGGCGCUCGCCGACACCAAGCUGACGUACCUAGACCUGGUGCUGAUCCACUGGCCGCACGGCGCUGGGCCCCAGGGUCGCAAGGACGCCUGGCGCGCCCUCGUCGACUCUGUCGACGCUGGCAAGAUCAGGUCCAUCGGCGUUUCAAACUACGGUGUACACCACCUCGACGAGCUCGAAGCCUACAUCAAGGAGCUCGAAGCCGAGCGCGGCGUCGGCAAGGGCGGCGUCAUCUCCGUCGGCCAGUGGGAGAUCCACCCGUGGCUAGUGCGUGACGACAUCGUCAAGUGGUGCCGCGACCGUAACAUCGUCGUUGAGGCCUACUGCCCCAUUGUCCGUGGCCAGCGCCUCGACGAGCCCAGCGUCGUCGAGCUGGCCAACAAGUACGCCAAGACCCCCGCACAGAUCCUCCUACGAUGGAGCAUCCAGCGGGGCUACGUGCCCCUCGUCAAGAGCGUCACCCCUUCGCGUAUUGAGGAGAAUGCCGCCGUCUUCGACUUUGAGCUCUCCGACGCCGAUGUCGCCGCUCUGGCCACCAAGAACUAUGACGUCUGCUCAUGGGACCCCACUAUUGAGCCCCUCGAGAAAUAA